AAGUGGGGCAGACCUUUCCUCUCCCCCCCCCCCACCACUCCAUGGCUAGGAGCAGGGUGGGAAGAGAAGACCAAAGGAAGGAGACUUCUCUGUAGCUCACCCAGAAGCUUUGGGCGUGAAGGUGGAAUUUGCAGUCCUUGAGGAGCUGCGAGCAGGAAGGUCCUCAGAGGCGCUGGGUGCUGCUGAAGCCAUGUGCCCUGCCCUGCUGCUCGCCCUCUGCGGGCUGGCGGCGGCCGUGCCCUCGGAGGACAGGAAGCUGAGCGACAAGGCGACGACGCUGGCCGACCGCAGCACCACCCUGGCCUUCAACCUCUACCACGCCAUGGCCAAAGACAAGGAGACGGAGAACAUCCUGCUGUCCCCCGUGGUGGUGGCCUCCUCCCUGGGGCUGGUGUCUCUCGGGGGCAAGGCGGGCACGGCCUCGCAAGCCAAGGCGGUGCUGAGCGCAGACAAGCUGAACGACGACUACGUGCACAGCGGCUUGGCCGAGCUGCUGAGCGAGCUCAGCAACAGCACCGCCCGCAACGUCACCUGGAAGCUGGGCAGCCGCCUCUACGGCCCUGCCUCCAUCACCUUCGCCGAGGACUUCGUCCGGAGCAGCAAGAAGCACUACAACUACGAGCACUCCAAGAUCAACUUCCGAGACAAGCGGAGCGCCCUCAAGUCCAUCAACGAGUGGGCAGCCCAGACCACGGACGGGAAGCUGCCGGAGGUCACCAAGGACGUGGAGAAGACGGACGGAGCCCUCAUCGUCAAUGCUAUGUUCUUCAAGCCUCACUGGGAUGAGAAGUUCCACCACAAGAUGGUGGACAACCGUGGCUUCAUGGUGACUCGUUCCUACACCGUGGGGGUGCCCAUGAUGCAUCGCACAGGUCUCUACAAUUACUACGAUGAUGAGACGGAGAAGCUGCAGGUGGUAGAGAUGCCACUUGCCCACAAGCUCUCCAGCAUGAUCUUUAUCAUGCCAAACCAUGUGGAGCCUCUGGAGAGGGUUGAGAAACUGCUCAACAGGGAGCAACUAAAGACCUGGGCUAGCAAGAUGAAGAAGAGGUCAGUGGCCAUCUCGCUGCCUAAAGUCGUCCUGGAAGUCAGCCAUGACCUUCAGAAACACUUGGCUGGUCUGGGCCUGACAGAAGCCAUUGACAAGACCAAAGCUGACCUGUCCAAGAUCUCUGGCAAGAAAGACCUUUACCUGUCCAACGUCUUCCACGCUGCUGCUCUGGAGUGGGACACGGAGGGGAACCCUUACGACGCCGACAUCUACGGCCGGGAGGAGAUGAGGAACCCCAAACUCUUCUAUGCUGACCACCCCUUCAUCUUCAUGAUCAAGGACACCAAAACCAACUCCAUUCUCUUCAUUGGCAGGCUCGUGAGGCCCAAAGGAGACAAGAUGAGGGAUGAGUUGUAGUUAGGGUGUUUUGUGUGUGUGUGUGUGUGUGGUUUGGGUUUUUUUUGUCAGAGCCUUUGUUUUUUGGGUGGUUGUUGUUUUGUUUGUUGUUGGGGUGGGGUGGGGGGGAGGGGGACUUCAAGAAAAGGGGCAACACUUCUUUUGUAUCCUUCUGGAACCAUGGGUGCUAUUCAGACCAGGGUGCAUUCGUGAGGAGGAAACAGCAGAACACUUUACCUCACCCCAAGGAAAACCACAUUUGAUUGCACAAACUCACCCUCCAGAGAGAGAGAGAGAGGAAGGAGGGGAGCCUGGGCACAAGAGGGUCAGGCAGGAGUGGAAGGGAUGCAGCCUGCACUGUCUCAGGAUGAUGCCUGAGCUCCUCCCCACACUUUUUAAGCCUCCUGAUAAGAACUUUCCUGCUACCAUCAGCCCUGCAAAGGCUCAAGCCCUCCCCAUCCUGCUAGCCCAAAUGCUUCCUGCAGGCUUAGCUCUGCCACUUGCUGUUCUCUCUGCUUUAUGCUAAGCAGCACCACACCACAGCUCCUUUGAUAGCUUUCCAGUUGGUCCUUGCUUAUUUCUCCUAGCUUCACAAGUCUGUAACAAAGCACAAAGGGGCAGUUCUGUGGUCCAGCCACCUCCACGGCCCUGGGAGCAAUGCAGGACCAUGGCAGCACAUAAGAAUGGAGGUUGUAUGGAGCUGUGUCUUUCUGCCUCACCAAACCCUGCUCUGGAUGACUUAGAUGCUUCAACCACAAGUGAGCAGCUCCAAACUUGCUGCAGAGCCAAGUGCAGCUUUGCUCAGCACUUCAGAGAGGAAGUAAGUAGCUUAGGGGUGUCAUCAGAGAAGCCAAAGAUCAAGUGAGCUUCUAGAAAGGUAAACCUGAGGUCCUUUCACCACUCUUGUGGUGCUAAGGGACAUGUUUUAGUGCCAGACUUGGUGAAGUUAGGGAAUGGUUGGGACUGAAUGAUCUUAAAGGUCCUCUCCAAGCAAAAUGAUUCCAUGAUUCCAUGACAAAUCACCAUGCUCCGCCUGUCUGAUGGACACAGAGGGGGCCCUUGGACCAACAUUUGGAAUGAAACAUCCCAUAGCAGCCAAACAGAGCAGCUGCUAUUCUCUUGGUGCUUCCCCAGCAGCACAUAUGGAUGGGAAAGUUACCCCAGGUGAAGCUUCUCCCAGUUAUAAAACAGGGUUGGUACCUUAGCAGCUCCCAUAGGAGGCCAAGAGACUCCUGUUGGCUUCUCACAGGGAGGUGAAUCGAGUUCACUUCCACUUUCUUGCUUGACUCUGAUGCUUUAAAGCUGCUGCUUUCCAGUGACCCUUUCCAGAAGCUUCUCUUCUCCAUGCUACUUCAGCUCCCUCUUGGCUGACCUGGGUAAGGGCAUGCUGAAAACCAAACAAUAUUUAUCUUUACUCUCGUAUUUAUGUCUGAAGAUGAGCAAGGUCCAUAGCCUGCUCCAGCUUAGACUUGGAGGCCACUCCUAGCUUCUCUUUAAAGGUGAACACUAAAGAAGGAACUGCUAUGAUCCCACCAGCAAAGAAGCAGGUGUCAGGUAAAGCCUUGCUGCUCACUGAGAGACCUCCCAAAGCCAGGAGGAAUUUGUGCAUCACAAAGUGUCACUUGAUGGAAACCAGCCAGGGCAGUGCCUGCUUUGCUCCUCUGAUUUAUCUCCCUUGCCAGCAUGCUCACUCUUGGGUUGCUAUCACCCAGAAGCCAACUACUGCAGCUCCACACACAGGACUAUUUCCACUUAUUUAUUAACCUACAGCUCCAAAAACUCUUCUCAGCUGUUUCCUACAGGCAAAGCUCAAGCCCCCAAGUCUAACCUGAGCAGGUUUGCCAGCUUGCACAAGCACAGAGAAGCUCUACCCUAAUCCAACUCAGCCAGGGAGGGAGAUUCCUGUCCUUAAAACCCCUUCCCAUUCUCAGGUGCUUUCCCCACUCUGGCUGGGAGGUAGGAGGCAAUCCACAGCAAGCCUGAAGCCCAAGUGGCCUUCCUAGGCACAAGCCAGUGAAUUUAGUGCACUGAGACCCACAGGCUGCAGCAGGUCAGGGAGGAGGAUGAUGGUGGGGGGAGUAGAAGGGGUGGGGGCAAGGUCAGAACACGCUGUGGGAUGUUGGGAGCUCUUUGCACUGUGUGGAUGCAGGCAGCUGAUGGCUUUUGUUGUCUUGUGCCACGCAGUGACACUUGUCUAAUUUUGCAAUAAAACUUUUUCAAUGAA